UUACGGCCCUGCAAGUUCGUCAAGCUGUCAUGCCAUUUGGAAUCUUCUCAUUGGUUGCUUAACGGUGCUUCUCAUUGGCCACUUAAAAAAUUUUCUAUUUAUCGUUCAAUUCAUCCUCCGAGCUGCCUUCUUCUAUGUUUAUUAGUUUUUUUCGGUCUAGUUUGAGGCAUAAGAAGAAAUGGGAAAAUUAGUAAGAGUUAUUUGUACGUUAUAUCUACUGGUAGCAAUUUCGGCUGUGAAUCGUGCAGAGGAGGAUCCUGAUGAAUUCGAUGCCGAUGAAGCAACAGUAGAAGUUGAAAGUGAACCUUCAACGGUAGACGUUCCCUACGAAAGCCCCACACCAAUUGAUCAAAAUAAAGUGUAUCUCGCUGAUCAUUUCGAUGAUGCAGCACAAUUUUCUAAAAGAUGGAUAAAAUCCAAAGCGAAAAAGGACGGUAUUUCAGAAGAAAUAGCAAAAUAUGACGGUAUAUGGGAACUUGAGGCACCUUUGAAAGAUGCGUUAGUGGGUGAUAUGGGCUUAGUUUUAAAAUCUAAGGCGAAACAUGCAGCCAUUGCAUCGUCCUUGAUUAAACCUUUCGUUUUCAAUACGAAGCCGUUGAUUGUUCAGUAUGAAGUUAUUCUGCAAGAUGGGCAAGAGUGUGGGGGCGCAUACUUAAAAUUAUUAAGUGACGGUACCGAUACAAGGAACUUAGGGCAGUUCACUGAUAAAUCUCCAUAUACCAUAAUGUUUGGACCAGAUAAGUGUGGCAACGAUCAUAAAUUGCACUUCAUAUUCAGGCAUAAAAAUCCUCGCAAUGGAAGUGUUGAAGAAAAACAUUGUAAGAAACCAACCGAGCGCCUUGAGGAUUACUUUUCCGACAAAUUGCCACAUUUAUACACUCUCAUACUAAAUCCAGACAACACGUUUGAAAUAAAGGUUGAUAAAACCGUCAUCAACUCUGGCAGUUUAUUGGAAGACUUCACCCCGAGUGUAAAUCCUCCUUCCGAAAUCGACGAUCCAGAAGAUAGUAGGCCGGAAGAUUGGGACGAACGAGAGAAAAUUCCCGAUGCUGAGGCCGUCAAACCUGAAGACUGGGACGAAGACGCACCCGCGCAGAUAAUAGAUGAGUUUGCCACAAUGCCAUCCGGUUGGUUAGAAGACGAACCUACACACAUUCCUGAUCCUAAUGCAAAAAAACCCGUCGAUUGGGAUACAGAAAUGGACGGCAGUUGGGAACCUCCCCUCAUCGACAAUCCCGUCUGCGCCGACGCUACCGGCUGUGGCAAAUGGGAACCUCCCCUCAUCAAUAAUCCUAACUUCAAAGGAAAGUGGAGAGCUCCUCUAAUAGAUAAUCCCAAUUACAAAGGAAAGUGGAGGCCGAGACGUAUACCCAAUCCAGAAUUUUUCGAAGAUAAAGAACCAUUUAAGAUGCACACUGUUUCCGCUGUAGGUUUCGAAUUAUGGUCUAUGUCCAAAGAUAUUUAUUUCGAUAAUAUUAUUAUUACCGACGACCAUUAUGUUGCUGAGCAUUGGGCGGCGGCCACAUUUGAAAAGAAACGUCAAAAGAUCGCACGGGAUUCUGAAAGCGUAGUGCAGAGAUUAGCCAAUUUGACCAACGAUUAUCCUAUCCUAUGGAUCGUCUACAUCUUAGUCCUGGGCGUUCCUAUUGUAUUUAUUUUGUACCUGUGCUGCAAACCAAAGUCUGCUAGUCCUACGGAAAAUGAAGAAUUAAAACGUGCAGCUGAAGCAAAGAAGACUGAUGCGCCUUCUCCGGAUGACUUAGCGGCCCCUGGCAUGUCUAAUGCCAAUAAAAUAGAUGAAAGUGUAGAAGAUGAUGAGGCCAGUGAGGAUAAAGAAAAAUAUUCAGAUAAGGAUGAAGAUGAUGAUGACGAUGAAGAUGAAAAGGAUGCGGUAAUAUCCGAUCAGAAUGGUGAGGGUGACGUUCCUAGAAAGAGAAAGCCUCGAAAGGAAUGAUAGACUAUCGUUUUGCACUAGCACCUGUUUUAUAAAGUGAGUUGUACUGUAUUUAUUUAUAGAUCUAAUUUAA